CAUGUGUUUGUGUAUGCGUACACUUGUGUACACUCAUCCAUGGAAACCAUAAACUCACACGCUUCUCCUCCCUCAGAGCCUCUACAGAAGCCCAAGUGCAAUCACAAGCCAUGACUCUGAUGUCCACUUCAGCAGCACCAAGUCGUCAUCUGAUAAGACAAUUUUGCCUGAUGGUAAAAUCAGGAAAUCAGAGCCCAAGCUCAAGAAGUCUCUAAGUGAGGACAAAAGCUCCAAAAUGAACCUCAAACCUCAAGGAAGAGGGCUGGUGUUUAUGUCUCCAAAUGAGAAAUAUGAAAAACCCAAAGAUGAACAGAAAGAAAAACUCAACAUGUGGGUGAACAACCUCUACGUCUUCUUUGUGAAUGUGCUCUUCAGCGCCUACAAACGUGAGGAGAUGCUCAAGGAGAAAAUUAAGCAGAACAGGCUUGAGGAAGCAGCACUAGCUCAUCAAAGGCAGAUAGAGAAUGAAGAGCUGGAAGCCAGGCUGAACAUCCUACGGGAAGAAGAGGCCAAGAGACAAGACUUCGAUGUUGACAUCACUGUGCUCAAGGAGCCAUUGGAGGCUCCAUCCUCCCACCCACUCACACCCAGCCCUCCUAAAGAAGAGUUGACUUCCCAGACCAGCAGGACCAGCCCUGGCAAGAAGAAGAAGAGGUGAAGGUACUGUGUGUCAUGGCUGAGCUGCAAAGACAGGUAGACAUAAAAGCUGUGACAAAUGUCCCAUAAAAUAAAGGGUUUGCACUUA